CCGACAGGAGGGGACGCUGCGGCCGAGGGGGGAGUUUCCUCGGCUAGCCGAGCCGCUCCUCCUCCUCCUGCUCUCUGUGGGCGGAGCGGGACACGAAGGCAGGAAGCGGCCAUGGCGGACUGGGGGCGAGGACAGAAUGCCAAUGCUGUGGAUGAUAUGUUAGAUGUGGAAAACAAGCGUAUGACCGAAAACCUAGCCUCCAAAGUCACCCGGCUAAAAUCGCUUGCACUGGACAUUGACAAAGAUGCUGAGGAUCAAAAUCACUACUUGGAUGGCAUGGAUUCUGAUUUCAUGAGUGUGACAGGCCUUCUGACGGGGAGUGUGAAGCGUUUCUCCACUAUGACCCGGUCGGGAAGAGACAAUCGUAAACUUCUUUGCUACGUCUCUGCUGGACUGAUUGUAGUCUUCUUCAUCCUCUAUUAUUUGGUGACAAGAGCACGGACUUGAGUGUACAGUACGCCUAAAAAUGCAAUGGGCAAAAGGAACCUGAGGUCACUGAAAAGCUAAGCAACCUUCAACUCAGGGAUGCUGUCAAAAGAUGCCAAAUUCUUUAAAGUCAGUAUGAUUUAUUUAUCAUUUUUUAAUGCCAGAAAAUUAAAAGUACACUUCUCAGUUGGCUUCCAAGCCAGACAAACUUCGUAGCAUGCCAUUCCUGUUCUAGCCUUAAAAGUUGUUGGCAGGGGCCAAAAGAUCAGGGCAAAAAUACUGCUCAAAAGCUUCCUCCCAAAGCCGAUAGCCUUGCUGUCUCAAAGCAGGGCUAACUGUUUCAGUGUCAAGGGAAAGGGUUAAAUACCCCUCUCCUUUUAAAGCCCUAAAAAGAUAUUGGGAGAUCUGAUCGCAGAUAUUCCACAUCAUGUGGUAGGAGACUUUUGAAAGAUAAAUCUAAAUAAAGAAGUUUAUGCUUUUAUUUUGAAAGGUAUCUCAACUGACAUUCUGUUGCUAUAGCAUGGUGAGAAAGAAAGUGAGUUUAUUUGCUUUUUGCAGCAAAAACAAUCUUGUAGCACCUUUAAAGACUUAACAGAUUUUAUGGACUGUAUACCAUUAAAGUUUUUGCCGUAAUAAAGUUACUGUCUAAAUUGUG